UGCUGCUGACACUGGUUUCCGUCGAGCUGCUCUCAUAACUUAUGAGUUACAGGAGGACUGCAGGUGUAAUUAGUCCACAGAAAAAACACACAGGGAUUGACGAAUUCGGAUAAAAGUGGAAAAUGCGCAGGCAUCAAACACACAAAUGGUCAUAUAGAAAGGAAAUGGAUUUUAUUUGACGCCUCUGUUGUGACGCGAGUGACUUGUGAGGCGUAUUGUGUUCAGAAACAAACCGAUCUGAUCAUGUCAUCCGCUUGUGUCAACACAAUGACCAUAAGUACAGCAAACCACCUUUGGUCGCUGGAUGAUGUUCUUGGUCAAGGGGCCACAGCAAGCGUCUACAAAGCACGAAACAAAAAAACAGGUGAGCUGGUUGCCGUGAAGGUCUUUAACUUGGUGAGCUACAACAGGCCGUAUGAAGUUCAGAUGAGGGAGUUUGAGGUGCUGCAGAAACUCAAUCACGUCAACAUUGUUAAACUCUUUGCUGUGGAGGAGAUGCAUAUGAACCCGAAGCAGAAGGUUCUGGUGAUGGAGUUCUGUUCAGGUGGCAGCCUGCUGAACCUGCUAGAAGAGCCCGAGAAUGCGUUUGGACUUCCUGAGUCAGAGUUCCUCAUUGUAUUACAGUGUGUGGUCCAAGGAAUGAACCACCUGCGAGAGAAUGGGGUGGUGCACAGGGACAUCAAACCUGGCAAUAUCAUGAGGCAAGUGGGUGAGGAUGGACACUCGGUGUACAAGCUGACGGACUUCGGUGCUGCUCGUGAGUUGGAGGACGAUGAGAAGUUUGUGUCCAUAUAUGGCACAGAGGAAUAUCUGCAUCCGGACAUGUAUGAGCGUGCAGUGUUGAAGAAGCCCCAACAGAAAGCUUAUGGUGUGUCUGUGGAUCUGUGGAGCAUCGGUGUCACCUUCUACCAUGCUGCCACUGGCAGUCUUCCUUUUAUACCAUAUGGAGGCCCACGCAGAAACAAGAAAAUCAUGUACAAGAUCACAACAGAGAAGCCAGAGGGAGCCAUAGCAGGUGUGCAGAAGGUGGAAGACGGACCCAUUGAAUGGAGCUACCGACUGCCACACUGCUGUCAACUUUCAGAGGGUUUAAAGACCCAGCUGGUCCCAGUGUUGGCCAGCAUACUAGAGGCCAAUCAGGAGAAGUGUUGGGGCUUCGUCCAGUUCUUUGCUGCCACCACUGACAUUCUGCACUGCAUCACGGUCCACAUCUUCUCUCUCCAGCAAGCCACAGCACACAGCAUCUACAUCCACUUUCAUAACACGGUCUCAAUCUUGUUUGAGGAUGUUCAGGCCCAAACUGGAAUUGAACUGGCAGCUCAACAGUACCUUUUUCUGGGUCAUCCUCUCAUCUUGGAGCCAAGCAUGAAAGUAGUGAACCUUCCCCUCACCACUCCAGACCGCCCUAUCAUUCUCAUCAGCCGACGACCAGAGAAACUAGUAGGCCAUCCAUACAAAGAACCUGAGGCCCCUGCGAUGCCCACAAAGUUUGACGUCAUGGCAGAUUACACCUUCUCCAAGACCAUUGUCGGGGUCAUCCAUCAGUACCUGCGGAUAGCCCGCUCACUCCAGAAGUACAGGGAACUGAUUCAGCAGGGGUUUUAUAGCUACAUUGAAAACACCGGUUUUGAAUACAGUAAUGUGGCACACAGGAUUGCCAUGGUGAAUAUGAAGCUGCUUUCUUCUAUCAGCACUGAGGAGCAUCUCCAUCUAUUUGCUCAGAGGUUUGCGCAUGAGUUUCCAGACUUUGUAGACAAUAAGAAAAAACUCCCACUGAUUGAAGAGGAUUUGCAGCGGAUGUAUGGCAGUGGAGUCAGAGAGUUCCAGAAUCAACUAAAGCAUUUGCAUGUGAUGCUGUCUAAACACUCCGAGACACUGGCCCAGGAUAAGAGCAUCCAGAAGAUGGAGGUUUUAUUGGGGAAGAUUGUUGCAGUACAUCAGCAGUAUUGCAAAGACAGAAUGACAGGAAAGCUCAGCUACAAUGACGAACAGAUUCACAAGUUUGAGAAGCUCAAUCUGUCUACAUACAUAAAGAAGGUCAAGAGUUUAUUCAAGGAUGACUGUUUGCAGAAAUACCAGGAUGUUCUGAUGGCUGCUGUUAGCUGGAACAGGGUUCUUUAUAAGAUGCAGGCAAGUCUAGAGCAUUUUGGAGUUGUCCUCCGCCAGAGCAUGGGGGAUCUGCAUGUGUGUGAGGCCCAGCAAAACAAGGUUCUGGACAGAGCUGUGCUUAGAGCUCUCCAGCAGUCUGUAGGAGCUGAGGGGGUGGAUGGACAGAAAAAAGACGAUGAGCACAUGAUUCUCAAAAUGAACAGAUUAAAGGAUGAGAUGGAGGCUGUGGCACGGGAGCUACAGAAUAACAACAACAUGAUAGAAAGCCUUGCGGUAGUUACCGCUACACUGCCAUUGGAGAAAAAAGUACCUCAAGCCAACAGACCAUGAAGACCUCAAAGAAUGCACAGCAAUAUUUAUAUUUACCGAGCCUGAAUCUGUGAGCUAAAGGGAAAGCAAAAGAUAACAUCUAAAAAAAUGUCCUUGGUUGAACCUCUUAAACCAUAAAGAACAGAUUAAUGACUUAAUGGCUGUUACCAGGGCAGGCAACUGAAAUUACAUGAUGUGUACUGAUGUGCAAAGCACAAAUUGAGUUAUGACUGGUCUCGAGUCCCUGAACUGUCCUAUGACAGAUUAAAGGAAAACAGGAGUGUUUACAACUGCACUUUGAUUUGAUAGGAAUCACAAAAGUCAUAUUUCUCAGAUUCAGUGUUCAUGUAGUUACUGCAUUUUAUCUUCAUGCAAUCUAGUAGUAUUGACUUUAACAGCCAAGAAAAUAGAAAUAUAGAUCUGUUGUAACUACUACAGCAGUUUUCAUGAGACUUAAAUAUUGAUAGCACAGUGCAUUCAGCGGACAAUAAUGGUGUAAUUAUUGCACAGUCAUGGGAUGGAGGGAGAAGAGUUCAGUCUGCUUUGUAAUUGAUUCCGUUUUUGAGAGAUAACUGUGCAAUUGCACUAAUUUAAUUAGUCUAUUGAUCACAACAGAGUAUCACACAGCAUGGAGCUCUAGAGGAGGCUUUGUUUAUUUGACAAUGUUCACCUGACCUUUGAAAAAUGUGUGAACUGUACAAAUGACUCCAAAUAUUAUCAUCCUGCAAAUACUGACAAGUCAAUAGACUUAUACCUUGCUGUGUUACAGAUCAUUACAAUAUGGAAAGUGAAUGAUGUGUUUGGUGGGUUCUGGUGGCACAUUACAGAGUGAGAGUUAAGGGGAAUUCCUCUUCCUGGGGGAACUAUGGUGACCUUACAGAGACCACGCUUUGUUUCAAUGUCAAAGCUUGCAUAUGUUUGACUUAAAAUUGAAUUUGAUCAACUGUCCUUUUGCCAGUUUGUAAACUUGCGUGUUAAAUGUUUUGUAUUUUUUUAACAUCUUCACUUCUGUAUUGUGAGGUAAGAGGUACCCUUUAAAUGUAAAGUGAUACUUGACAGUCUAAUAAAUAUAUGAACACAA